AUGGAAGAGCUGCCAGGCUCUGCUUUCGAGAAGUUACAAAUCUUUGGGAAAGUGGGAUCUGAGUGCUGGGUGAAGGCGCAUGCCCCUGUGGAUAAAUACUAUAAAUCUCUGGUCAGAGGAGAUCUGGAGAAGCUCAAAGCCUUGAUAGAUCAGCACUAUGAAGAUGUCAACAUGACCUUUGAGAUUAAUGAAAACGAGCUGGAAUGGCAGGUGAAAAGCCAUGCGAUGUUUGGACUGUCAGGCCUAUGGUCUCUAGAAUAUAAGCGGGAACUCACCAAUCCCCUCUGCAUCUCAGCCAGCCACGGACACACCGCCUGCCUUCGUCACCUGCUGUUCUGGCGGGCGGACCCCAACGCUGCCCCAGGGGGACAGAGUGCGCUACACGAAGCCUGCAGGGGGGGUCACGCUGACUGCGUGGAGCUUCUGCUGGAACACAAGGCCAACCCCAACCUUCUGAAUGAUGACGGUCAAGCACCUUUGCACCUGUGCGCCAGCCAGAACUCUUUGAGGUGCGCAAAGACUUUGGUGACCUUUGGUGCCUUGGUCAACCAGCCCAGUGAAGAGACCCAGGAAACCCCUCUUCAUACCGCAGCCAAGCAUGGCCUUUAUGAGCACGCUGACCUAUAUUUGAGGAACGGUGCGAUGGUGGAUAUGAAGAACAGUCUGGAGGAGACAGCGCUCAGUGUCACUUGCAGAGAAGCUAAGGAAAGGGAGAAGCAAGAAAGCUACUUGCGAGUUUGUCAACUGCUGCUCACGUAUGGAGCAGAAGUGAAUUCUGAGGACGAGGAGAUGAAGACCCCGCUUCACAAGGCCUGCAAGAACGCUCAUCACAGCUUGGUUCUGCUCCUGCUGCAGAGCCAAGCAGACAUCAACGCCCUGGACUACAACGGGGCAUCCCCGCUGUCAUGCGUCCUCCAGGCAGCAGCUUUCAAAAAGGAGAUGAGGCCCCACCGCACCGUGCAGACCUUGCUGAACCACGGCUCUCCAAAAAUAUGGCCAACAGCUUUCGUCAAGGUGCUGAAAUCUUGUUCCUCCGUGCCAGAGAUCAUCGAAAUCCUUUGCAAUUCCUACCCUCAUCUGCCCAUCUCUGAGAAGUGGGUGGAAGCUAUUCCAAAGGAAGAUUUUCAGAGGUAUCUGCCUUUCUACGAGUCCCUCUUCCGUCAGAUGUACACAGUGCGGACUCUGCAACAUCUGUGUCGCUGUGCCAUCAGACGACGGCUUGGCAGGAAGUGCCAUUCUCUCAUCCCCUUGCUCCCUGCACCCAAAUCCUUACAAAGCUACCUUCUGUUGGAACCGGAGGGAAUCCUACUGUGA